AUUACAAUAAUAAAAUAUUCACUAAGUAAGAGACAAAAAAGCGAAAGACUCUGUGAAGAGGGAUAGCUCUCAGGGAGAACCCCCGCAAAUGUUUUGACUGCAACUGAAAAUUGAGACGUCGAUGUUUAAUCUGUAAUUUGAUCUUUGGUCUUGGAUAGGAGUCUUAUCCUAGAGCUCUUAUGCUAGAAAAUGCCGAAACUGUUGUAUAUAAUCCUUAUCAUUAUUUCGUCUAUUGGUGUACUAUGGGUAUUCUCUUUUGGCUUGAAUGGAAUUAGAUUCAGCCACCGGCAAAGACAGGACAUCCCGAUAGGCAGGCGGUCUCGGAACGAUCAAAUAUCCCUCGCUUCACAAAGUGAUACCAAGAACGCCGAAAAUUACAAAGACCUCGAUCCUGGAAACACCUCUGGCCUUCAUAAAGGCGACCCGAGCAAAUUGAGGAACAUACUUGUAAAGGCUUUGCGAGGGGAGCCUAUCAGAGUUGUAAUUAUCGGUGGUUCUAACAGUGCUGGUGGUGGCAUGGACAAGAACACGCACAAGAUGAAUAAACGAUACUUUCGGUUGUUUGUUGAUUGGUGGAAUAAUAUAGUAGCAGCACAAACUGGAUCUCAAAUGAGCGAAGAUCUUAUCGCUAUUGGGGGAACCGGGAGUUACUUCUUUGCGUAUUGCUAUGACACGUUUUUAGCGAACCCUAAACAAAUCGACAUUGCCAUUGUUGAAGCCGCAGUGAACUAUAACACCGCAGGAAAGGCGGAACCACUCGAACAGCUAACUCGAGUAUUGUAUAAUCACCCUUCCCAGCCGGCCAUCUGGUACGUUAACCUUGUUAGCCGUCUCGGGAAGGACCCUAAGACGAAGAAGGUCAUGAACCCUGAGUGCGUUAAUCUGGAGGAUUUCGGGCUGUACGACGUCGCAGCACAGUAUGGCGUCACUUCGUUUUCUAUGAAAGACUUUGUUUGCCCAACAGUAGACGGAAAACCUCGUUUUGACGAGUCACAAAAGGGAUAUGUGAGCACAGAUCAACACCAUGUGGGAGAAAAGACACAUGCGCAAAUCGCAUUUCUUAUGACAAACUACGUAAAGUCAGUACUUGAUGACGUCACGAAACAAGGUGCUAACAUGGCCCAGUCGUACCCAACAAAAGCUCUGUCUCUGUUUGUGAAAGAAGAGACGAAAUUACUGGUUAACCCUCAAUGCUGGUCGAGCAUUACUCCAUAUAGCGAGACAGGCAUCAAUAAACCGACUCUAUCCGUGAAAGUUCUAACUAAAACGCGAUUCAAAUUUUACGCUAAUGGUUAUGAAGGAAAUCCGAAACAAUCACCAAGAAAGGAUCGACAGAGUGGAUGGGCAAACACCGCCUCUGGGGGGAGGGUUGUUUUCCAGAUUAAUGUAAAACCUUGGAAUUCUGCCACAGACAAACGGCGGUCUGUGAUAGCACUAAUUCAUAACGUGUACAAUGGAGGAGACGCGAAGAUAUGGGUCGACAACAGCGAGUCGGACGCUAUAAAUAUUGUGAACAAGGCGCAACCUGGAGGAAGCAACGAAUUAUAUACCAUAGCAGACCGCGUGGAGCCUGGGAUACACACCUUAUCGAUAGUUACUAAGGGAAAGGGGAUGUUUAUAAUCAGCGGGAUCUUAGUAGGGCCCCCUGAGUUCUCACGUAGGAAAGUCACAUGAAUGAUACAAUUAUCAAACUUUUGAUACUUGAAUAGAAAUAUGCAAUUGUUAUAUCGAUUAAAAAGCUAUGGCUUGGAAAUAGAAACGCAUAAACGAA